AGACAGAGGGCCAGAGAGUCGUAUCGGUGAGAAGGCUGAGCGACGGAUUACCCCAAAGCAUGUGGCUGGAGGCGCGAGCUGGGGUGUGGGCGAGGUUCCUGGGUGUCGCAGAGGGGCCGGAGGCGGGAGAGCUUUGUCUGUGGCCUUCCAUGCAUAGGUGUUUUGGAAUUCUGGAUACCAAUUCUGAGGCUCAGCCGAGGUUUUUGUAACACCCCAGGUCCUGUAAGGUUUGGUGUUUCCCUUUCAAGAUGCCACUUUCAGACUUUAUUCUGGCCCUGAAGGACAAUCCCUACUUUGGGGCUGGAUUUGGGCUGGUGGGUGUGGGCACAGCCCUGGCCUUGGCCCGGAAGGGUGCCCAACUGGGCCUGGUGGCAUUCCGGCGCCAUUACAUGAUCACACUGGAAGUCCCUGCUCGAGACAGGAGCUAUGCCUGGUUGCUUAGCUGGCUCACCCGCCACAGUACCCGUACUCAGCACCUCAGUGUCGAGACUUCGUACCUUCAGCAUGAGAGCGGCCGUAUUUCUACUAAGUUUGAAUUUGUCCCCAGCCCUGGAAACCACUUUAUCUGGUAUCGGGGGAAAUGGAUCCGGGUAGAACGAAGUCGAGAGAUGCAGAUGAUAGACUUGCAGACGGGAACUCCUUGGGAAUCUGUCACCUUCACGGCCCUGGGCACUGACCGAAAGGUUUUCUUCAACAUCCUGGAGGAAGCUCGAGAGCUAGCCUUGCAGCAGGAGGAAGGGAAGACCGUGAUGUACACAGCUGUGGGCUCUGAAUGGCGUCCCUUUGGCUAUCCACGCCGCCGGCGACCACUGAAUUCUGUGGUUCUGCAACAGGGUCUGGCUGACCGAAUUGUCAGAGAUGUCCAGGAAUUCAUCGAUAACCCCAAGUGGUACACUGACAGAGGCAUUCCCUACAGACGUGGCUACCUGCUUUAUGGGCCCCCUGGUUGCGGAAAGAGCAGUUUUAUCACAGCCCUGGCUGGGGAACUGGAGCACAGCAUCUGCCUGCUGAGCCUCACAGACUCUAGCCUCUCUGAUGACCGGCUCAACCACCUGCUGAGCGUGGCCCCGCAGCAGAGCCUGGUGCUCCUGGAGGAUGUGGAUGCUGCUUUUCUCAGUCGAGACUUGGCUGUGGAGAACCCAGUCAAGUACCAAGGCCUAGGUCGCCUCACCUUCAGUGGACUGCUCAAUGCCUUGGAUGGUGUGGCUUCCACUGAGGCCCGCAUUGUGUUCAUGACCACCAACCACGUUGACAGGCUGGACCCCGCCCUGAUACGCCCCGGGCGAGUGGACCUGAAGGAGUAUGUGGGCUACUGCUCACACUGGCAGCUGUCCCAGAUGUUCCAGAGGUUCUAUCCAGGGCAGGCACCUUCCUUAGCUGAGGACUUUGCAGAACGUGUCCUUCAAGCUACAACCCAGAUCAGUCCUGCCCAGGUGCAGGGCUACUUCAUGCUGUAUAAAAAUGACCCUGUGGGGGCAAUUCACAAUGCUGAGUCUCUGAGGAGGUGAUCAGGCUGGGCUCAGCUCAGCUCUCCUCCUUUAGUUCAAUAAACAUCUGCCACACUA